AGACAUUCAUGCAGCUCGGUGCCACUGUUUCGAGUGCGUACAAAAUAAAUCAAAUUUGCAUCGUCUGUGUGUGUGGGAGAGAGUGUGUGCGUGCAAAAUGAUUUUUAUACAAACAAAAAUGUGAUAACGCGAUUUUCAUAAGCAACGCAUACAGACAGAAACGUUAACAAGUAGCAAAAAAUCAUAGUGUAAGAGUGCACAAAUCAAAUAAAAGCGAGGAAAUCGAAAAUGUGAAAACAGGCCGCUACGACACUCACAUACACACACACACACACACGCACACGUUAAAACACGCACACACACAAUGACCCAAAAAGGAUGUCGAGCUGCGGAAGCCCAUAGUAAAUACGUUGUUGUUGCCCUUGUCAAUUGGGCCUGCUUUGUCGUCAUAGAUUGGGUCGAUGAAUGGCACUAGCUGCGGCGCUCGGGCGCAGGAUGCCAUUGCCGUUAUUGCGUUUGACAGAUAUCAAAGGGAAAUGAAGACGUCAGCAUCGGAUGAAGUGGAUGUGGAACUGUGGCCGGGGGCUCAACGUGGCUGCCUAAUUAGUGCGGCGCAGGCGACGACUCCAGCGCCAUCGAGGAUAUACUUAUUCAUGCUGUGAUAGUGAAACACCAACAAAAAUAAAAAACAAAUAAAAACAUUAAAACCAUUAAAACUAAUAACGCCAAGAAUCAAAUGCAAUAUUUUCGCUGAAGUGAAUGAAAGAGAGACAAAAAGAGAAACAAAAACAAAACCAAUUUAACAAAAAGCUUUAAAUAAAACAACCAGCAGUGAAAAAAAGAUAAACUGUACUAGCUUUAAGUGUAAUUAAUUAAUAGUGAAAAACAGCACCAAUUAGCGCAUAACCCGUAGAUGAACUAGUCAAUAUGUUUAGCUAGUUACAAUUUAUACUUUACAAUUAUUUAGUGGCUUUAACUAAAACACCAAGCAACCAAAAACACCAAAACCAAAAUCAAAGUUCAAUUGAAAAGAAACUAACGAAUAUAAGUUUAGGGAAUUCCAAUAUAAAUAAGCUUAGCCAAGUUACUUAUUAAGUUUAGAGCAAAUAUACACACAUAAAUACAUAGCUAUAUACACAUAUACAUAUAUAUAUAUAUAUAUAUAUAUAAAUUACAAAGAGCGAACCGCCCGCAUACCGCAGCCCCCCGCAUUAAGCCCUAAAUCAAAUUCAUUCAGAAAACGUGCCAUAAACCGGACGGCCAAACGUCGCUAAAUGUCAAAGUCAUAAAGAGAGCGAGUACGCAAGAGAGACAGAGCGAGAGACAGAUUGCGCGUGAGAGCGCCUAAAAGCACACUGCAUAGUUGGGGCUCAGCACAAAAGUUCAGCUUUGCUUUUGCAUAGCCAGGACACAAACCCAACAUGGCAGCCACAACAACAACCACAGCAACGCAUCACGACGAUGCGAGCAGCAUGAGCGACGAUGUUUUCGAGGAUGCGGAAACAACGAAAGCACGCAUCGAGGAGCUGCGACGGCGUCCCUUCGGCGAUGGCUGCUACAAUCCGCCCGCAGCGCCCAUUUCGCAGCAGCAACAACAACAACAGCAACACCAGCAUCAGCAUCAUCAUCAUCAUCAUCCCAAUCUCAAUCACAACAACAGCAGCAGCCAACAGAGCCUGACGAGUAGCCAUCAUUACCAUGACAACGCCAUCAUGGCGCCCGUACAGCGCUCCGCCACCGGCUAUCCGGGCUAUCGUCCCUCUCGCGAGGCCCUGCAGAUGUAUGCAUAUGGCAACGCGGACUACGAGCUGGAGCAUGAUUACAAUGAUGGCUGGCGCUCGUAUCGCUACGACGAGGUGGACAUGCAUCAGGCACCGGCACCAGCGCAUCAGCCGCCCUUCGAUGACACCAUCAAUCACAAGACGAUCCUGCUGGGCGACUCUGGCGUGGGUAAAACCUCUUUUCUGGUCAAAUACAAUACGGGCGAGUUUCGUUUGGGCUCCUUCUCUGCCACCGUAGGCAUUGCACUAACGAACAAGGUGGUCGUAGUCGACGGCACGCGCGUCAAGCUGCAGAUCUGGGACACCGCUGGCCAGGAGCGUUUCCGCAGCGUAACGCACGCCUAUUACCGCGACGCCCAUGCGCUGCUGCUGCUGUACGAUGUGACCAAUAAGACCACCUUCGACAACAUACGCGCCUGGCUGGGCGAAAUACGUGAGUACGCGCAGGAGGAUGUGGUCAUCGUUUUAAUAGGCAACAAGGCCGAUUGCGGCAGCAGCGAGCGGCAGGUGAAGCGCGAGGAUGGCGAGCGACUCGGACGUGAGCACAAUGUGCCAUUCAUGGAGACAUCGGCCAAGACGGGACUCAACGUGGAGCUGGCAUUCACAGCGGUGGCCAGACAGCUGAAGUGCCGUGGCUACGACCAUGGCGAUGAUGGAAAAUUCAAUGUGCAUGAUUUUGUGCGUGACAAUACAAAGGCCCGGUCCGUUUGUGCUCAAUGCCGGAACAUGUAAUUUGUUCAUGUCCCCGCACAAUGAAAACUCGCACAAAACCAACACGAGUAGCCCUCAAAACAAAGCGCAAAUUUGUACGACAAGAAAAAAAAAAAACAAAAAUAACAAUAAUAAUAGAAAAAAAUGCAAAACUGACAAAAAUAUUGGUUAUUGAGAGAAUGUAUUUGUAGGCCCUGAUGGGAUAGUGUUAGCACUUUGUAUGUAAAUUGAAAUUCGGAGGGAACGAGUAUGAAAAAUAUGAAGAAUGCCCCGAUUGGGCAUGUAUAAUUGGGCAUUUGAUAGCAUUAAUAAUGAAUAAUAUAUACAUACAUGAAUACAUAUACAUAUAUCUAUAUACAAGCGCAUACUUUAUUUUUUGGUAAGGACAACGGUAAGGUCCUUGAUAAGCCCGAAGAAUCGGCACAAUGUGCAGCAAAAUCAUGCUACAUUGAGAUUUGUCCAGCACGUCGUUGACGAACCCGGCAUGCUAAUUCGUACUUAUUAUAAUAGCCCUGUUAGUGGCCAUACAAUAUGUGAACCGAAAAUAUACUAUAAAAAUGAAUGUAAAAUUGUACGCGAUAGCUUCUAUAUAAAGGCAUUGCUCAGGAGCAACCAAUCUAGAUUGAACCAAACCCAAUUAAUGAAAAACAAUCACUCAAUUUACCUAAACAAAACUAUUAAUUACAUUUAUUGAGACUUAUGUUUUAUUAAGUAUCGUUAAGUGUUAUGUCUACCGUUAAGUUUUAUCCUCAAACCCAAAAAAAAAAAACAAAAAUAUUACCAAAAACUAAAUUGUUAAAUAACUACAACUAUUUUAAAUUAUUUACACCAAUGAAGGAAAAUUAAAUUUAAACUAUUAAAUACUCUAUCUAAUUAAGUUAGCUAAAACUCUAUGUAAACUUGGGCAUGCUCUAUAUGCAAUACAUACGUAUAUGCAGUUACUCACUACAACUAUUCAACUACGGAUGCAUUCGGAAUACCAACGCAAACUUUAUAUAUCAUAUAAAAAGGUAAACUACAUAUAUAAUAUAAACCGCGUUAUAUUUAAGCAAGCAGCUUGCAUGCAUGCAUACAUAUGUAAUGUACUACAAAUAUACCAUAACAACAAAUACAUAUUUACAUUGAAUGUGGUUUAAAAAGAA